CCACAAAAACAGAAGUAGGAAAAGAAAAUGUCACGAGUUUAUAAAUGAUUCUCUUUUUAAGCUUCCACAGAAGGUAUCUCAUCUAGGAAGCUAUCGAUUUCAUCAAGCAGAAGGUACUGGUUUGACAGAAAUGAAUACUUCAACUAAUGCCAGCUAUGAUCCAUUCAACUUCAGUUAUGACGAUUACUACGAGGAUGAAAUCUGUGAUAAGAGUGGAGUUGUGAUAUUUGGAUCCUUUGCCAUUCCGAUUUUCUUCUCUGUUGUGAUCACACUGAGCCUGACAGGAAACAUUCUUGUCCUCAUAAUCCUGGCUUUGUAUGAAAAUCUUAAAUCUCUGACCAACAUUUUCAUCCUCAACUUGGCCAUCUCUGACCUCGUCUUCACCAUCGGUCUUCCCUUCUGGGCCAUUUACCACGUCCAGGGAUGGGUGUUUUCUGAAAUUCUCUGCAAAGUUGUGACUUUUAUCUUCUUCACUGGGUUCUACAGCAGCAUUCUCUUCCUGACCAUCAUGACCAUCUACAGGUACCUGGCUGUGGUCCAUCCUCUGUCUGACCUCAGCACACCUAAACACUCCAUCGGGGUGUUUCUGUCUGUCCUGAUUUGGAUAAUCAGCACUGGAGCAGCCAUGCCCUCCCUACUCUUCAGCUCAAUCACCAAGGUCCACCACAAAGAUAAAGAGUCACAGGGCUGUGAAUAUAGUCAUCCCAUGUGGGAAACUGUUGGUGUCAUCCAACAGAAUGGUUUCUUCCUAGUUGCUUUUGCAGUCAUGACUUUUUGCUACAUUCAAAUACUAGAAAGAAUCACAAGAACAAGAUCUCACACGAAGAACAGAGCAGUCAAGUUAGUCUUCUGUAUAGUCACUGUGUUCUUCAUUGGCUGGGUGCCGUACAAUGUUGUAAUCUUUUUGAGGGCCUUGCCUGCUCAUGUGGUCCCGUCAUUAGAUGAAUGUGAAGCAAGCAUCCAGCUUGACUAUGCAUUUUACGUGUGUAGGCUCAUUGCUUUCUCCCACUGUUGCCUGAACCCCGUUUUUUAUGCAUUUGUUGGUGUGAAGUUUAGGAGUCAUUUAAAGUUAAUGUUACAUCGAUUCAUCCGACGACAAAGUCCAGUCGAGGAACAACAGGUUAGAAUGCAAAACUUAGUCUCACAUGGAUCAAUGUACUAGCUGCCCAGUUCAUUUUCUUGCAUUUACUGUAAUAUAACUGAUUAUUUCCCAAGUCCAGUGUGCAUUUCACAAAAUUCAUUUAAUCUACAGAAGAGAUGAACUUACAGCACGGCACGUAGCAAGCUGCAAGCAGUUUCAACUGUUUUUGCUUGUGUGUCCAUCUGUGUUAACAUUUCGUAACAUUUCUUAUAGGAUACAUUACUUGGAUAGUUACCUAAAUGUGUUUUUUUAAAUGUAAAAAUAAAUUUAGUCAAACAGAUGUUGCAUUUAAUACUGCAAUACUGAAUUCAUGCAAUGACUCUUUAGAACAGGCUAAUGCAGUUGAUUAGUUUAAAAUCCUUGUGUUGUAAUGUUGGCAAAAAUCCUUGUAUAUAAUAAUAGUAAAAAUGAUCAGCAGGUAAAUAUCAGCAGGUACUUUACAUGCAAAUUUGUGUAUAAUUACAAUCAUUAUGGUGCCAUUUGUCAGAAAAUCAUGUCAUAUAGAAACUACAGACAAAGUCAGUCGAUUCAUGUUUUUAGGGGUUUUUAUGCAAUAAAUACAAAUACCAGUGACUAUUUUAAUUAACCACGCUGUUUUUCUUUCUUUACAAGUCUCUAUCAAACAGUAGUAGUGCAAUAUUAUUUGGGGGCAAUAAUUUGAGGAAGCCAAGCAAGACCUACACGUAUGUUGUUAUCUAACUGAUGCACUGUCACACAGUGUGCUCCCUCUCAUAGUGAUUAAAAAAAGAAAGAUUCCUAACACAGUCAGGGAAUUUUUACAUUUUUAACUUUCACACCAUUAAGGACCUCUGAGUUACAUGUAUUAAAUCACAAACUCAGCUUUAAUUAUCUGAUAUACAAAAGUCCUGUUCAUGUUUCAUUAUCAUUCAAAACUAAAUCAACUGUUAAGUCCCAACACAACAGACUAAAAACAGCACAGAUCUUGCAGAGGCUCCAAACAACCACAGUCUAACCAGGUAUCAUGAUUGCUUCCCUGCUGCGCUCUAUUCCUGUGUAGUAACAACCACAUAAAAACUGUUACUUCAGACACAUGCAGCUAAAUCCUCCCAGGCAAUCUUCAGUGUUUACUGGCCUUUUCAAUGCUAUUUAACAGUAUGAAAAAUGCACACAUAUAUGCAUGAGAAAAAUUGUAUCUGUAUAAUAAGAUCUGAGUAUAAUCCGAUAUUCUAGGAUUAUUUUUUCACUUGGCUUCUUCAAACUUAACCUCCGACUACUCCACUGCUAUCAUAUGGUUUUCAUUUCAUAAUAUUAACAAUAGUAAAUAGUUUUCUGUGUGGGUUUUUUUAGUUUUUCUGUGUGUUUGUUUAUUUUUUGUUCAGCACCUCCAGUGUUGUAGUGGUUAACACCUUUGCUUAGCAGCCAAAAAAUUCAGAUUCACAAAUCUCUCUGGGAGUGUGUCAGGAAAGGCUUCUGGUGUAAAACUCUGCCAAAUCAAACAUAUGGAGCUACCGGCUGUGGUGACCCCCUGCGGCAAAGGAGCAAAUGAAAGCUGUUGUACAUAGUUGUUAGUUAGCUGUUGGUUUUUUUGUUUUUGUUUUUUUAAAUAAUAAUAAUACUUUAGUCAAAGAGUUUAUCAGUUGAACAUUUGGACAGUUCUGUGUGUAUUAAGUAUUAACAGCCAAAGUGUAUUUUUUGUUAAUUUUUUUAAUGUGUAUCUAUUAAAGACAAACAAAAUGCA